AUGGAUUCUAGUCAGUUGACUGCCUCUCCUUGUUGGACAGGACAAGGGAACUCCCGUCAUCAGUUCCUUGCUCCCAGCAAAGCGACGAAAGACCAGGCUCUGCAAACACCCGCUCAAAACAACGUUCAAGGCCAAAACGCCUCCCCCGGCACGAGCUCGUUUAUUCAUCCCCUCCUUCUGCCGCUGCUUCCGUCCAGAUUUGUUUUCAAGAAUCCCUCAUGGCCGCCGACUCCAAAGAAAAAGCGAAAUCUGGCAGGCGGCGCUGCAGUGCCGCCGCCAUCAGCCGGGGCGAGGGGCAGUGCGACUGGAACUUCCUCGGCCAGCAACGGAUCCACAGAGCUCAGCCAUCUAGGCCUUCGCACGAAACCUCUGUCUCACGACAAUCCAGGAACCCAAAACGGUGCGGACUCUCCUGCAUCGCCUGGCGAUAGCGCGCAUGCCUCUCGUCCGUUUCCAACCAGUGCAACAGGGCGCAAGCGACGGAAGAUCAUGACUUCGCAGAAACCCCUUUCAAACGGCCCCGCUGCUCAGUCUGAUCCACCCGCGACGGGUUCUGUAGACGAUGCACAAACAUGUCCGGCCGCGUUCGGUGAAAACAAUCAGAAAGACAUGUGUCGUGAAGGGCGGGCGCCGCCGUUCAGUGAAUCGGCCAUGUGCGGCAUUCUGCUCGCGUCUUCGCUGUCAACUCAGGCGCCCAGCCCCUCACAUCUCUGCGAGAAUGAUUCGCCCCGACUCGCGCUGAGGACUGUCACGGGAGGCGACACCUCGAGUGCAGAAAAGAUGCCAGAGUUGGGGUGCGAAGUCGUGGAUGCAGCGGUCGCUGCAGGCUCACCGUCGUCUGCCUGCGGAGACAAGGCACUGGAAGAAGUGACGCGCACUGAGAGAGACUCCCUUGCGCGCCGACUUUCUGGAGAUCAGCAGCCACACCAUGCCUCGUCCGACAGUUCUAGAGAUUGUUCGACGCACCUUGGACCCUUACAUGCAGAUGGCGAGAGGCCAGAACAGCCAAGUUCUGCCCGCGCGCCACUUACUCAGUCACGAGGCGCUGCGCCAGCGGGAGACAGAACAGAGUGCUCGCCCGUCCGUGGCUUUCUGGGGACUUCCCCGGCAGCUGCAGAAGUUCCGGCCCUUCUCCUUUCGGCUGUAUACGCAGGUGAGCAGACGCCGUCAAAGACAGUAGAAGCCCAGUCGUGUGGAACGAAGGAGAAAGACACCUCCAGGGUCGGCACCCUCGAGAAAAGCUGUGGCGCGGAUGCCACGUACGCGGCGAGGCGUGUGACGCAGCAACUGGCCGCCGGACGGGGUAGGAGAUGGGGAGAGGCGCCGAGCUCCGCCAACCAAGCGGCAACGCCUUCGAGACAAGCUUCUGAGACGCCUGCUCGUAUGCUGUCCUCUCAGUCCUCUAGAACCCCGUCAAAAGGGCCCUUCCUUCCGUCGAUUGCGUGUGGUCUAGUCGUAUCUGCUUCUUCCCUCGGUCGCGGGAGCGGCCUGGGCGUCUACGCCACGAGAGCGUACAGCGCCCGCUCGCGUAUCGGAGAGUACGCGGGAGUGUGUGUAGAUCGGAAGGUGGCCAUGAUGCUCCGCGGUAUGGGGACUUCGACUCACGUGAUGCGCGUAGGCAUGCAGUAUCAGUAUUUAGUUGGCUACCGACUCCCUUUUGUCUUCGGCGGCGCUGGCGCCUUUGUGAAUGACGGCCGCUGGUAUGCAGACGGUCGUAAGGGGCCUGGAGUCACUGCCAGAUUUCAUGUCGCGUAUGAUAAAAAACGCGCCAAAGAUCGUGUUUAUGUAGUCGCAACACGGGAUAUUGCAGAAGGCGAGGAGAUCUUCACCAGCUACGACAAUCAAUACUGGGCUCUCCUGCACUAA